UUACCUUCUCUUGGACAAAGAAUAAAUCACACAACUAGAGUAUGUGGCAUGUUUCAGAUUUCUCUUUUUGGUCUCUUUCUUCAUGAUUUUCCAAUCCAGAAGGGUGCAUCUUAUAAUCCUGGGCUAAAUCAAAACCCCAAAGGAAGAAUUUCUUCUUUUCUGUGAGUAAUUGUGAAGCUCUUCUCAUCUCAUCUCAUUUCCCAUUAAAAUUUUUGCUGUUUUUAGUCUCAAAUUCUUCCAAAGGAAGAAUGAAAAGGCCAGCCUGUUUACCUCAAGAAGUGAUUGUAGAAAUUCUUCUGAAAUUGCCUGUUAUAUCCCUUGUAAGAUGCACAUGCAUAUGCAAAUCUUGGUACUCGCUCAUUAAAAACGCUGUUUUCUUUUCCACUCAUCUCAAACAAGGCCUUUCUUCAGCUAAUGAUUCCCUAUUUCUUCUCAGAAAUUUCUAUAAUCAUGAAGAGCACUUAUCCCUCCAUUUUGACAAUGACAAAUUUACAGAAUAUAUGAAUCUGGACAAACCUUCAAAACUCAAGCAGUAUUACAGUAUCAUUGGUUCUUGCAAUGGCUUGAUUUGCUUCGCAGAUAGUUUUUGGGGUUGUGGCAAUGCCUUCACUUUAUGGAACCCCUGCAUCAGGAAGACCUUAACCCUCCCCAAGCCAAAUAUCACCUUCAAAACCCAUGGUGGUUACCAGGCUUUUGUUGGUUUUGGGUAUGACCUACACACAGAUGACUACAAAGUGUUGAGAAUCGCUGCAUCCACCGAGAAUGAUCAGUCUACAAUUGAGGUUUAUUCUCUUCUUUCAGGUUCUUGGAAGUGUCUUCCUACACUAGUGCUAAAAUAUGAAAUCCUCGAUUCUUUUUCGGAGGCAUUCGUCAAAGGAGUUUUCCAUUUUAUUGCUUCUCCGAAGAAUGCUCAGGAUAGGAUGUUGGUUCUGGGUUUUGAUGUGGGUGACGAGGUUUUGCGCGACAAUCUGCUACCGGAAACUUUCAAUGAAGAGAUUCGAUCUGUACUUGUGUACAAGGAGUCAAACAUUGCAGUUUUCACACUAGACUCAAAUUAUCUGUGUCAUCUAUGGUUAAUGAAGAAGUAUGGUGAUCUUGGGUCAUGGAUUAAGGUGUUCAUUGUUGAGACUCAAGAGGGAUUAAUACCUAGAGCAUUAAGAUUUAGGAAAAGUGGAGAAUUGCUAUUGAGCUUCAGUGAAGGGGAGAUCGUUUUAUACGAUUUAGAGAAGCAGCAGACCAAGAGCCUUGGGAUUCAUAAGAAACUAGGCGAUUGUAUUUUCCUACAUCCUUAUGUUGAAAGUCUAAUGUUACUUGAUAAAGCUCAUCACUAGGGAAAAGUGAUGCAACUUCUGAUAACAAAUCAGGUAAAAUUCAA